UCACAAAUUAACUAUACAAAUUGUUCAUCACCAACCUAGAAAACUCAAGAAAAUUAAGGCAAAUCACAAAUUAUUCAUAAAUAACAUGAUUAAUUGAAAGUUUCUUUCUUUCAAUUAAGUUUGUUCACUCUCCACUCGAUAACAUCAACUUUAUUCUACACAAUUAGAAAGAAAAAAUUAUACAUGUCUUCACAAACAUAAAUAAGAUUAGUUGUUUAGAAUAUUAAAUAUACCGAGAAAAUUAAUUAUAUGGGAGUGAGCGGGUACCCAUGGGGCGGGUUUACCUAAACCCAAACCCAAUCCAACCCGGUGAAUAGUGAACGAGUUUAAACCCAAACCCGUCAACACGAAUUUUACCCGCGUUGACCGGGUUGGAUCGGGUGGGUACCCGUGGGUUCAGGUUUUGUUGCCAUCCCUAUUUGAAAAUCGAAAGGAAUGACGACCCACCACUAGCGCAUUGAGAUCAGAGUUUGAAGUUUGUCAGGCCCACCCACAUUUGCCGAGUUUGGCCCGCUAAGAGAGCCCAAGAAAGCAGUUAAUAAUUCAUCAUCACUUCUCUUCUCUGUUUUGUGUACUACUGUAAUAGACGCAUCGCGCAGGCGCCGUACUUCUCUGCUGGCGGUGGCGGUCACAUGCCCUAGCCCGAAGAAAUAGAAAGUGAUUAAGGGCGGUAUCAGCCUCUGCAGAAGACAAAACUUGCUGAAAAAAGAAAAGGGUAUGCACCAAUUCCUUUAGUAGGAACUGUCGUCUUUCGGUGCAUUGUUCUUUGGUAAAGAAGCCACAUCUGUAAUUAAUUUGGGAUGCAUUGAUUGAAAUUUUGUGCGAAUAUAUAUGUUUAGGGACGGAGAGGAUGUGUGAACUCACUGCCGAUAGGAUUACCACCCUUCCUGCGGAUGUGAUACAUCGGAUUCUGGUGUUCUUACCCAUCAAAGAUGCUGCCAAAACUAGUAUACUUUCAACCAAGUGGAGGCACCAUUGGAGGUGCACUCCUCAACUUGUGUUUGAUCUUUGGUUUGCUAACGAACACGGUGGAUGGGAAUCGAAUGAGAUGAUGAAUAAGUUGAUGUCUAUCAUUCACAAAAUCCUGCUUGUUCGCGAUGGGCCGAUAAGGAGGCUCGAGCUUUCAGUUCCUGGUUCAAAGCCCCAUGAGAUGGAUCAGAUUCUUAUUCAUCUUUCUAAUACAGGUCUCCAGGAACUCUGCCUUGAUUACUAUAAUCGUAGUCGUAUUUACAAAGUGCAUUCCACUCUGUUUGCUUGCGUUCACCUGAACUACAUGAGGCUUUGGUUCUGUGAAUUUAUUAGACACCCACCAUGGUUUCUGGGUUUUAAUAAGCUCAGGGUUCUUGAACUGGGGCACGUCAUCCUCCCCGCGGAUUUCUUUGGGAAUUUCCUUUCCAAGUACUGCCCAAUGCUUAAAAAGUUGAGCGCUAUAUAUUGUGAAGGUGUUGGUAAUCUUGAAAUCGUGGCGCCUUGUCUUGAAGAGUUCGACUUCCUCUGCUACAAGUUACAGAAAAUCUGCUUCAAAUGCACUCCUCGGUUAUCGACAGCUCGUCUUCGAUGGUACGGAAAGCUCAGCGAGGUUGUAGAUACAGUAGACUUCUCUGCUUCCCUCCCAGCGCUUGAACGGUUAUAUGUUGGCUUCCAAUUCCUACAAUACGUUGUUGCAGGUGAUAAUAAUGCCCCCAUCAGGCUUCCUAAUCCUCUCGAACGGUUAAAAUUCUUAACCAUCGAUCAUCUUGACAUGGGUUGCUUGAAGAAGGCGCGCCCUGUUGCUCGUCUGAUCAUGAGUUCCCCCAACUUGCAUGCGCUCACAAUUAAGCUGGAUACUAAGCAACUGGAUCAGCCGACAAACAGUAAUGCAGCAGUACCAAACAUAGGAACAUUGUUGGAAGCAGAAGACCGCAACGAUACCGGUUGUUGUUUACAGCACCUUAAAGUGCUCAGACUCGAGAAAAUGCAUGGGAUACAGGCUGAGCUGAAUCUCGUGAGGUUCAUAUUAGCCACGGCCCCGCUCCUGGAGAAGGUUCACAUUGCCACCAAUGACAAAUUGGAAGACAGAAAUGCCGCUGAAUGCAUGGAGGAGGUGAUGCAGUACAAGCGUGUUUCUCAAGUAGCAGAGUUCUGUCCUGUGGGUGGUCAAGGCUUAAAAGGCUCUGAUGAAUCCUUUCCGUCAACGAUGUAGAGCAAAUUAGAUGCUUGUCAUGUCCUUAUGAGGGUGAACACAAAACUGAUGAAGAGGAGGAAUAUUGUCGGAGGCUGUUAUGGUUUGAACACUUGCAGUAUAUUUGGAGGGGAAUGGCAGCAGAACUGGACUGGAGAUGCCCUGCAGUAAGCUACUUAAUUUCCAGUGUUCUGUGUUCGCUGGCUAUACACAGUUGAAGGUAAGAAAGAUGUUCGUUCUUGAAUCCAAAGCUUUUUAGGAUGGUACUAUAAAUAUUCAGAUUAGGCUAGGCUGAAAAUUUGUCUGUCCCGUCCCUGACCCGUCUCUGAAGGGUCAAGAUGUAUAACUGACCCGUCCCGUCCGUGUCUCCUUCUUGACCCUGUCUGACCCUUAAGGGUUGGGACGAGACGGGUCGGGUCAGUGGGUCGACCCUAAUCAACACACUACUUUUUUAUUAAUUACAUUUUGGUACCCAAAAUUAUUUUUUCUUCCAAUUUAGUACCUAAAAUUUAUUUUUUUACAAAGAAGCCCAUAAAUUUGGGGCAUUGCUAUUCGUCGCCCUAAAAUUUCUUAUUCGUCGCCCUAAUUCAGUCAAAUUUACUUUAAUGUCCUUAAAUCAUUUAUUUUUCUUUCAAACACUUAUCCCAACUUAAACUCAUAUAUUGCACCAAAAUUAACAAAAUAUAAGGAAAGAAACAACAAAAUAAACCUCAAAAUAAACUCAGCGACGGUGGCAACCUUUCUAUGGCCAUAUGAUCAAUGCCCUUGACCUCAGUUCCACCCUUGCUAGAAUGCUGUGUUUUUUUUUUUUUUUUGUAUUGCUGAUAUAUAUAAACUGGGUUCAACUGAAAUUAGCAACUUGACUUUGAAUCAGUGAGAAUAAGAAAUAUAUUGGUACUCUUAAAUUCAUCGAGCAAAUUUGAGUAGUCAAAAAGCACCAAGUCACCAACUUUAUCUACUAAUCGAGUAGGAACUCUUCCUUCCUCUGCAGCCACGGUGGCGACGGGAGGCAGAUCGGCGUCAGGCAGGAGCAGGGCAGCCGGCUUCCUCCAUCCCUCCGCACUCGAGUAGUAGCAGCUAGAGCAGGUGGCAGGGUUAGAAUUAUAAUUGAGUUGAGGGUAUAUAUGUCAAUUUGUUGUGUUAUAGGGCGAUAAAAUUUGAAUUUUAGGGCGACGAAUAGCAAUUCAGUAAAUUUGAUGGUAAAAUUACAUUUUGGUACCCAAAUUUUUUAUUUUUACAAGUUAGUACCUAAACUUUUAAAACAUUACAAAAAAGUCCAAUGUGGUGUGAGAUAUUUGUUGUUGCUAAGGAUCACAUGGUCAAAACGUGACCCGUCCCGACCCUCACAGGGUCAACAAAUGACCCAUCCCUAAUCGUCCCUGUAUACAAACUGACCCGUCCCGACCCUUAGGGACGGGCCAGUGGGUCUUCCGGGUCAAGCUUUCAUCCCCUAAUUCAGAUUACUACAAUUAUCAUUUGGAUGUUGAAAACUGUUGAUAGCUUAGAGAUUCUGAUAGUUUCUGUUUUGGUUCUUUAAUAGUCUCUGUGUUAUGAUUAUUACGAAAAAUUAUAUGUAGCUGAAUCCAAUUAAGCCUGCAUCUCCAGCAAAAUAGCAGUGCUGCUAAUUACUAACCGCUUCAAUAUCAACAACGAAUCUCUAAAGAAUAACCUGAUGCUCCAGCA